CUUUCGAAUGUUGGAACACUGAGCUACUAGUUGUUUUGCCAUCUUGGGUAUCGAAGAAUCGAAAAUAUAUUUUACUCAGUGUAUUCCCAUUUCUCAAAGGUUUGUGCAGGGAAUGCUCGGCUACUACUACAAGAGUGACCGUGAGGUCCAGGAGGACUCUGAACUUCAGAAGUGGAUUUUGGACAUUUUUGAACACGGGUUCCUUUCUCAAGCAGAAACAGGAAUUCCUCAGAGAUUUACCUGUGUGACUGCGUUGGCCAAAUUUGUCACCAUGGUGAUCUUCACCUGCUCAGCCCAGCAUGCAGCUGUGAACAGUGGACAGUAUGACUAUGGUGGCUGGAUGCCCAACACUCCCAUCUCCCUGCAACUCCCACCACCAACCACAAAAGGGACGACAAGCGAGGCCACGAUGUUGGCCACCUUCCCUGAUGUCAAUGUAACAGCUCAGGGCAUGGCCACCAUGUGGCUGCUCAGCAAGCAGUCCCGUGACUUUGUUCCCCUUGGCCAGUACCCAGAGGACCAUUUCACUGAGGAGAUUCCCCGCAAGAUAUUAAAGGAUUUUCAGAUGGAGCUGGAAGAUUUGAGUUUAGUCAUUAAAGCCAGACACAAGCGUUUAGAAGUGCCAUACACCUACAUGGAUCCAGCAGAGGUAGAAAACAGCGUGGCCAUUUGAAUAUUAGAAGACUCAGCUGUGAGAUAAAAUUCAGUUCCCUCUUCAAAUAAAAGCAGCCAAAGAAAGUUCUGACUUUUACUGAUGAAAUAGCUGAAAUAGAACUUAACGUUUCUAAUUAUUGUAUGCUGAUUUGUGAAUUUUAUCCAUCUGCUGUGAUGUGUUCUAUAGAUUAGAAACUUAAAACCUCUUCUGAUUUUCAAUAAACUGUCCCAUCCUUUCAAAAACAUGUCAAAGAAAACUGAUAUUAUUGUGAACAAAUCAUGACUUUUUUUAGUGAUUGAUUUUUGUUAAAGUCUGUCUUAAAGAAGUCUCAGCCUCUGAGCUUUUUUGGCUUAAAAAAAUUGAGAGAACUCCUGUAUUUCUCCCAUACAGACAUUUAUUUAAUUUAAGAAAUAUGUCUCUCUUCUGUCUUAAAUGCAUGUGUAUGUUUGAGGGCAUGUUCUGUUUACCUCAGAGUUGAUCAAUCUGUGUUUGUCUGUCUCCCUGUAAAAUGCUCACCUGCCAAAGCUCUACUAAUUAACUCACCUGUUCCUCAUCUGGUUAUCAAGCUGGCUUCUUAAGGCUAAAGUAAAUACUCAGCCAUCAUUAGAUUGUGCUCUGCCCUUUGGCCCUUAGUUUAUUUUUUGGAGCUAAACUCUGUGUCUGUGAAGACCUCUCACUGUAUUUGGAUUUCCUUCGAGUUUUUGUGACAGUGUGUGUGUAUGACCACAGAUGGAAUUCAUAGCAUUACAGACACGUUUUUCUUACUCAUUUCUCACAUCCUGUAAAUCCUAUGUUAAUCUUCUCCCGCUCUACAGUGGCUGUUGUUUAAUGUUGGCCAUCCUACACUUCUGGUUUCCAUUGUAGAAAUUAUUUUCUAGUUUGUUUGUUUUUUUUGGGGGGGGGUUGUAUGGUAUCUUGUCAGCUCUCAUUACUAUAAUAUGACUGCAUUAUACAGAGCGUCAUUUAACACCAUCCACCCAUUCGCUUCCGCUUAUCCUUUUUCUUAGGGUUGCGGGGGCUGCUGGAGCCUAUCCCAGCUGUCAAAGGGCGAGAGGCAGGGUACACUCUGCACGGGUUGACAGUCUGUCGCAGGGCUAACACACAGAGACAGACAACCAUUCGCACUCACAUUCACUCCCACAUUCACUGGUGACAAUAGUUAUGGGUCUUGUUAUGUUAUUCAGCGGUGUUGAGUUGUUUGGACUUUUUUUAGUAAAUAUCUAGUAAAUCUCUAAUUCUUGGUUUUUCUUGGCUUUAUAUUCAUGUUCCCUUAGUGCUAACUUAGUGCGCUAGUUCUGUUCUCAGUCCUUAGUCUUGUAUAUUAUAUUUUUUCCUAGAUUUAUGGGUCAAGUCUCGACCAGUGAUUUUCUCCUUCCUGUUUUAUUUUGGCAACCAGUGUCUGGACCGUCGGCUCUUUUCCUGGAAACAAUGCUCAACUUUAAGUUCAACCUUCAUCUACCCUGUCCUACAUUUGGGUUCUCAAUCUUUCACCAUUCAUCAUAGCUGAAUCUGAUAACUGUGACCAUUUUCAUACUGUGAAGUCAUUGUCAUAUUAAAACUCUUUGUUGUAUCUGCUGAAGGCACCCAUCAAAAGAUGGGUGCACUGCAGUUGUAAAGGAAACGACAUAGCCAGAAACAAUAUUCAAGUAACUUGUGGCUACAAGGCUCAGUUGGUACUAAGUUGGGCCCAAAAUGUUACAACACCACCAGGCUAAAUUGCUGAAUUAAAAAAAAAAAAAAAAAGCAUUUAUACAGUAUUUUCACCGUCGCUGCCUUCUGCACGGCUGGCCUCCAGACCUGCUCUGUUAUGAGCUAUUGAGCCAUCGACCCCCAGGGCGACCCCCUGAACUGUGUUUGAACUGUUUUUGUGAGCUCUGAUUUUGUUUCAAGUCCUGGGCCCCCCACCACCCACCUGGGUUUCUGUCAAGGUACUGGGAGUGAUCCAGUGUUUUGUGUUUGACUCCCUGAGUCACUCUGUAUUACCUUCGUGCAUCUUCCCAUGUUGCACUCUGUUUUACCUCCAUGUGUCAUCCUGCAUAUCAUUCUGCGAGUCAUGGUUUCAAGUUUGUGUAGUUUUCCUAGUUUAUUUAUCUUAUGUCUGUGAAGGUUCUCAGUCAUCCAGGUCAUCGUAGUCAAAGGAGCUUGCAAAGAAAAGCGUCUGGACUUCUUUAAGUUACUUGAAGAUGUUUCUUUGCAAGCUCCUUUGACUUUAUUUAUCUUAGUUUCUAUCCUCGCCACCUCUGUUUCUGUCUGAAUUAUCACAUCAUAUAAAUAAAGCUCACUCAUCACAUCUACGUCAAUGCCUGCUUUUGGGUCCUUUUCCCUUUAGCCCCACACAACUGCCGCCGCAGCCAUGACACUUAAGACUCAAUGUUUCAUUUACAGGAGAGAUGUUUUAGCAUAAUUACAGCAAUAAAAUAGAAAGAGUAAAAUAAUGAAAAUUGCAUAAUAUUUACAAAAAUCAGUUAAAAGAGCUGUAAAUCCUUCUGCAGGGUAAGGGGAAAGCCCUCUUUCUAAACUCUGUACGAACUGUUUACAAUGAAUGUCAUGAAGUCAUGGAGACCACAGCAUGACUGAACAUGUAAUCUGAUAAGAGGUGAGUAAACCAUAUUUUUAUAGAUAAAAUACCAGUGAACCAUCCUGUGUAGUUCUAGUGAAGACAAGUCAGCUAGAGAAUAUAAAGUACAGCAGUGUCUUGAAGGUUUUGCUGUGAGUUAUAAAUUUUAAAGCUCUGUGAUAAGCAGAGUCCAACUGAUAGAGAGAAUGAGCAGGGUCAUACAUGGAAUUCAUUCAUUCAAUCAUGUGGCCUCCUUUUUACCCCUCCUGGAGCAUUGUAAAAAGGAGGUUAAUGCAAGUUCCAAGUAUACCGUAUUUACAAGAACCUUAUUUUCUUUUUUGCUCUGAGACUCUUUGAAGACAUCCCUCAUCUAGGCAGGUUCAGUCAGGUACAGCAGGAGCUUAAGCAGCAACAGGAAGAGAGCUCAGAGCACGCACACAUUUGAGCUUUAUGGCCCCUGAAACUAACAUGCAAAUGCCCUCCAGCUACAGCUGAAUCUGGUAAUAUUAUGCAUACUUAAGGUUUAAAUGAAACAUUACAAUAAUUGUUGGCUGGAUUAGGGUUAACUAAUUAUAAUUCAAGACAUUGCAGAGUAUAUUGUGUAUAUAUAAUGUUUUAAAUUCUGCAGCCUGGCAAAUUAAAUGAAAGCGAUCGUCUCACACUUGUAAAAAAGUAGAAAGAACAUUUUCUUGUAUCAAGUACUUGAUCUUAGCAAUAACGUACACAUUCACUGAGCCAAUGUUGUAUCUACUCUGUUACAAUAUUCUGAACUUCCAGACAGAAAGGGAGCACAUUCCUGUGUGACUAAAGCAAACCACCAAUUACAAGAAGCAGUAUUUGUUCCACAAAUACUACACCACAGAGCUCCUGAUGAUAAACUAAUGCUGAUUGCUGUUUACCUAAUUCAGUUCACCUGAGCUUUAUUUAUAUAGCACCAAUUCACAGCAGUUGUAAAGACCUACAAUACUGAAAAUAUCCCCUGUGAGUAAGCACUUGGCGAUGAUAGGAAGGAAAAACUCCCUUUUAACAAAAAGAGGUCUACAAUACUGGGUCAUAAGUUUAUUAUUAGUUCAGUUUAUUAAUUUUUAUUUAAAAAAAUCACUUUGGUCUAGCUUCAGUUAAACCUAACCACUCGGCUGGAUUACUUUAAUGCACUUUAUAUAGGGUUCAGCAUAUCAUAUAUUACCCAUCUACAGAGGGUGCAAAAUACCGCAGCUUGUCUUUUAACAGGCACUCUAAAGUUUGAGCACAUUUCCCCUGUUUUAGCUUCACUUCACUGGCUGCCCAUUUCUUUUAGGAUUCAUUUUAAAAUUAUUUUAUUUGCUUUUAAAGCUCUCCAUGGCCUAGCCCCAUGUUACAGCCUUAUACACCCACCCGCUCUCUCAGGUCAGCUGAUCAGCUGCUCCUGAAUGUACCUAGGACUGGGCGUAAACUUAGAGGAGAUCGUGCUUUUGCUGUAGCAGCUCCCAAACUGUGGAACGAUCUCCCUUUAGAGAUUAGACAGGCCAGUUCCAUACCUGUUUUAAAGUCACUCCUGAAAACCCACCUCUUUACCCUGGCCUUUGACACCACGUGAGAUGUUGGUUUUU